GAUUAAUAUCCCAUCAAACACAGCUGCUUCGGACUAUGUUGUUCACGUAGACCAUACUCGCCACCUGUUCCGUUUUGGGACUGGGGCUCGAAGCGACUUUAUUAUUCACGAGGACUACCAACAGUAUCGGAACGUUUUGUACAGCUUGUUCAACUCGGUGACAUUACAUCAGUUUAGCUGGUUUCGAGAUCAAGGCACUGCGAGUGACCCAAACCAUUCGAGGGAUGUUAACGCCACUGAAGAGCUUACUAAAAAUGGAGUGGAGAUACUCGGUGAGUCACUUUUCUCGGCUCGACCAGCAUCUGAGCCAAUGUGGGUUGCAAAUUUACAUUCAGCAGAACUGAGAGAUGCGGUUACCAUCCGCCUGAACUACCUGACUGGAAUCACCAAAGGAAAAGUCCACCGAUGGAUAGUCAAUAACCAGCUCCUGCAUGGCAGAUUUUACGAAGACAGACUGGGAGAUAAAAACUUUUCACCCCAAUUAUUCAAAACAGUUCGCGCCGCUGAUCCCUAUCCUGAUUUGCUUCUCAAUGAUUUGGACGUUGUUGCUACAGGAAACCAUAAUCUG